CUUCUCACUUCUCAUCGUUUGCUAACUGUAAGUACCUAGGCAUAGCCAUUUUCUUCAAUCUUUCUCACAAUGGCUCUCCGCACUGAAAUCUUAAUCUCAAUUCUACUCGUUAUUGUAGUGUCUUGUAAUGUGGAGGCUAGGGAAGGCGGAUUCUUCAAUCCUUCUGUUCCUGUGAAAGAAAACGCCCCUUACCUGGAUCCCAAAGAGUAUUACCCCACGGGACGUAGGGAGAACUCAUACAAUAGCUAUUCCGGUGAAGGGCAGGGCAACGGUUACGGAAAUGGUGCGGGUGAAGGUGGCGGCUACAAAGAGGGCGUGAAUGGGUACGGCAAAGGCGCAGAAUACACUACACAAAACGGCGGCGGUGCGGGCUACGGCGAAGAAGCUUUUGGCAAUGGCGGCGGUUAUGGGUCGGGCGAGUGGCACGGUUCUAACGGCGGCGGCGGGUAUCGAGAGGGCGCCCAAUACAACACUGAGUUUGGCAAUGGUAAUCGCUACGGCACAGGAUAUGGUGCCGGCUAUGGCAAUGGCAACGGAGAAUACGUUCCUAACAACGGAUAUAAUCAGGAAAACCCCUGAACAGCUUCGGUUAAUUAAUGUUUAUUCAAGUAACGUUGCUUCUCAGUAAGAGCAGGGAAAUAAAAAUAGGUAUGGUCAAGUAGUUUUGAAGUCGUAGAAUCUUGUUUUAAGCAUGGUGUCCUCGAAAGAGGAGAAACUUUCGCCUUCCUUCUCAAUCAAGACAUUAAAAUAUGCAAUUUGCGAUUGUACUCUUUUCCAAAUAUUCAGUAGUAUUUUUCCAUA